AUGAAGGGCAAGGCCGACACCUCCAAGAAGGGCGAGGGCAGGCUCAAGGCCGCCGGCGGCGCCAGCAAGAGGAAGAAGGACGCCGCUGCCGCUGGCAAGCCCAAGCGCCCACCCUCCGCCUUCUUCGUCUUCAUGUCUGAGUUCAGGCAGCAGUACAACGCGGAGAACCCCAACAACAAGAGUGUCGCCAACGUGAGCAAGGCGGCGGGUGAGAAGUGGAGAGCUAUGUCUGAUGAGGACAAAGCACCUUAUGUGGAAAAGGCUGAACAGAAGAAGAAGGACUAUGAGAAGACCAAAGCCACCUUUGAUAACAAGGAGAGUGCGAGCUCCAAGAAGGCCAAGACUCAGAACGAUGAGGAGGUCAAAUCUGAGGUCGAAGAUGAGGGUAGCGAUGAGGAAAACGAGGACGAUGAUGAGUAA